CCAGCACUGCAUAACUGAGGCCAUGAACAUCACCCCCUUUUGCUGGGAACAUCCUCGAGCUCCCUCCCACUUCAUCCCACUCACGUUUUAGGUCUCAGGGGAUGAACGGGCCCCCUCGGUGUCCCCUUGGCGUGGACGGCGGGGAGGAUACUGAUGAGCACGGGGUGAUCUGUUGGCAUGACCCCUGACCUUGGGGAGCCCACUGCGCAGGCAGGGCCGUCCCAGCCUCCCAGGCACACGGGGCUGGGAGCGGUGAGCGGGUUUCUUUCCACCCCUCCGUCUCCUGGCUCGUGCGGCGGCGAGGCUGUGGCCGGCCGGCAGUGCGAGCGGUCCCUCUGCCAGCUGGCAGCAGGGGACGGAGCGGGGCGGCAGCAGCGCAGCGCGGACCCGUCUGCGGCCAGCCCGCGGGGCCGAUGCCCUGCCCAAAGCGCUGCUGCCGCUCCGCUCGGCUGCCGGCAGCCAGGCUCGGCUCCUCCUGCCUCGCAGGAGGCAGCAAGGGCGGCCUCGGGGGUCCCAGCCACCCACCGGUGACCGAGGUAGGUGCUCGAGGGGCUGUCCAGAGGGGACGGUGGCGGUAUCCCCACGCAGCGGGCUGAGGCCGCCGGUGGGGUGGACUUUACGUGGCUCGGCGAUUGCCAGGUUGCUGACGGAGUGAAGCAGGUGCCUGGCUUUAUAACAGCCCGAUUCGUGCUCUGUCCCUGCCCUCCAUCCUCUCCCCGCAUCAGCCUCCGUGCCCCCUGACUGCGGCUUUGCGCGGCACGCUCCUGCUUCGCCAGCCCUGUCCCCUUCCCCUGCCUGGUGCCAGCGCUGGCAGCGAUGCUCCAGCAGCCUGCUCUUGCUGCCAGCGAUGUCUCCAGCCCCGCGCUGCCUGCCCAGGGCCACCGAUCCCUCUCCCCGUGCAGCACGAGAGGUUUCGGGUCGCUUUGCUUGCCAGCUCCUCUCCACCCACCGACAGCAUCCCCGGGCUGGGUGGGCUCUGCGGGACCCCGCUGCCAAAAAAAAGCCCUGGUACAGCUCCUGGGUCCCUCACUUCUUCAUCGUGAUGGCACAGCGGGCAUGGAAGCUGCACGGUGACAUCACAGACUGGGGUGGUUCCUGGGCACCCCCCUUAGAAGAGACAGAGAUGCCCGGUUCUCCCCUCCCUGCCGCCUCCUGCUCCCCACUGCGCGCACCCCAGCACCCUGCUGGUUUGAAUGGAGGGGCCCCAGUGACCGCCUGGUCCCCCGCCAGUGUCACCGAGGCUGCAGAGGUUGGCACGGGGCAGGUGCCACCCGCCUGCGGGACCGGGGCUCGGGGCGGUUCGGAUCCACCCGUUCCCUGCAGCCCUGAAGAUGUCGCGGCCGCUUGGCGUCUCCGGGGCGAUGGAGAGGGCCUGCCCGGAGCCUCAAGACCUGGAGGAUGACGAUGAUGAUGACAACGAGGACAACGAUGAUUACAGGUACGCCUGCCACUCCGUGCAUCCUCCGCCCCAGUGCAAGGGCCGCGACAACUCUGGUGACAGUCAGCUGGAGGAUCCGGGGGGGCCCGUCCCCAUCGCCUUCCCCUCAAAGCCCAGACACUCCUGCGUGGUGAAGGAUGGCGAGAAAAACAGGAUGUACGCCAAGAGGCUGGCCAGGCACGCGCUGGAGCUGGAGGAGGACGCUCAGGACUUUCAGGAGCCGUUUUACAAGGGGACGGAGAUGGCCGGCAGCUUGUCGGAGGAGGAGGAGGAGGAGGACGACGGCUGGACCAGGACCUACCACCUCCCUGUGCACCAGCGGCCACGCGGGACACACGCUGCCAGCUCGUCUCCGUGCAGCCCCUACGACUCGUUCCAGCACGGCACCAGCAAGCACCCGGGGAUGGAUAUUUUCGCCCUGUGGGCCCACGCCAGCGACCGGCACCUCGCCCACCCGGAGCACGGCAGGGCUGCGGAGCCCCACAUGCAGCAGGAGGAGCCCGUCGGGGACAGGGAGCUCCCCUCCUUGCAGCUGACCUACAGAGUGCUCCGGGACGAGAACAACGUGCUCAGGAGGAUGGUGAGGAGCAUGCAGAGCUCCUUGGAGAGCCAGGCGCGCACGGUGCGCAGCCUGGAGAGGCGGCUGAAGGCCAGCCUGGUCAAAGAGGAGAGAGAAGCCCAAGGGCUGCAGAUGCUCGUCCAGCAAGCCGAGAGGAGCCUCCAGCUCAUGACCCAGCGGGCUCUGGAGGCGGAAAGCGACGUGGAGAGGCUGAAGCAGGAGAUGAUCGUUCUCCAGGGGGAGCUGGAGACCUCCAAGGUGGAGAACGAACACCUGCGAGCAGGCCAGACCACGGACCUGGGGGCGGUGAAGCACAACAUCGACGUUGCCUUGCAGAGCCUCCACAAGAUAAUAUCGGGUGCCAACCUGUCCAUCAGACAGCUGGUCUCCGGAGCGGAGUCGCUGAACUUUGUUGCUGAGCUCCUGAAGUCCACAGGCAAAAUUUCGGAUGCUGAAGAAGAGAAUGACCCAUGAACGAAAUGCUGUGGGGGUCCUGUGGGGGAGCACACAGACUGAGGCCACGGGUGUUCCCCCCACCAGCCUACACUAAAAAUGUUUUUUCUCAUGUGCUGGGCUGCGUGUGUUCAUCUUGGUAGCCUUUAUUCUUCACAGAAACGCUUGUGUUGUGGUUAAUUAUGAAUUGUGGGUACUGCUGUAGCUGUUUUGGCACAGUGCUGUCCAAAUUCACCAAAGAUGUGGUUUAGCUUUAUCCUUUUGGGACCACCUGUGGGCACAAAGUGACCUUUCUUGGUCACCUAGUCAUCCCUCAAGGUUUCUGACCAAUUUGGGUUACCCACCUGUAGGUUAUCCAGCUGCACACCAGGACUUUCCAUGUCUGGCCAAAGGGACCCUUCUUAAAUAGUGGGAUGCAGUUGGGUGGUGAGGGGUGGGUGCUGGCAGAGUUCAGCACCGUUUUUUUCCCUGAUGGGAAUUUUGUGGAGCAAAAAUUCACUUUUACCUCUACAAGGUAAGUGGCAGACUACGAGGCUGCUGCUGUCUCAUGGUCCCCUAGCAUCCCUGCUCUGAACAGCCCCGGUUGUGUUGCCACAGGCCUUCAGCUGCCUCAGUAACCUUGGCUUCUGGGGAAGGGACUGCUGAUUAACCUUCAUCAGAGACGUGACAACGGCAGUGCCUGCACAUCAGGGGUGAUGUCUGGAGCUUCUGACUUGCUGCCUUCCAGUCUGUGCUCCUAAGGUGGCGGUCACUCUUAACCACACGAAGCCCCACUCUUGCAACAAGCUCUAAACAUCAGGUUUGACCUAGAAAUCCUUGGAUUUGACCGAGAUAUGGUAACCGCUGGUUGCUCGUCGGUGAGGCUGGCAGGAAGGCUGGCCGUGUCUGCGCUGCUGCCGUAAUCCAAAGGUUACAGCGCGGGAUUAGCACGGGUGUACAAAGCCCUUCCUAAUCGGUGAGUCAUUACCCCCUCGCUGCUUUUCACUUCCCAGCAGCUCUAGGUCGGCUCUCGAGCCUUCAGCCUCCCAGUCCUUCAGUUCGGGGAGGACCAGGUUGGGACAUAACAUCUGCUGGACGUCCUCCCCACGGCGCGCGCGGGCUGCCGCAAGGUCUGUUUGCUCUACCCGGCUUCUGCUUGGCUACCCCUAAGCUCUUUCUUUGCGUCACUUCUCCUUUUUGGCUCUACUUUUUGCUUUCCUUCCCAUCUUUAAAAUGGUGGUGUUGGGGGGUUGGGGAUGUUCUGCACUCCCUGGGAUUAAACGCCCUCUGGGUCAGGCUGGGCUGACGGAGAUCCCUGCAGACCGCCGCGUGUGUCCGUGCUUUGUUAGAUCCUUGUGUGUGGGGUAUUUAGGCUGGCUGAGCUCUCGCCCUCGUGUAAGCUAUGAUAUUAAUAUAUUGGCUCAGGGCAGGGGCCCUGCAAGCUGCUCAACUCUCGUGUCCUUGAUCUGCGGAGCGGUGACCAGCCUGCCAGCACCUCUACCUGGGCUGGGGGCUGGGGGCUGUGGGUGAACCAGGCCUGCGUCCAUCGGCCCUUUACCUGCUGGAGCAGGGCUGUGGCGUGGUGUCCCCUGGCACCACCAGGACCCUCUGGGACCCGUGCACCAUCCACACACCCAGGACGGGUGCUUUCGCGGGGGGCUUUGACGGGGUUUUGCUCUG